UCUUGACACCUGUCAAUGUUCCAACGAUGUGUGGACUUCGACUCCCAGAAUGCCACAGGCCAAGAUAAUGAAGGAUCCUUUCUUGCCAUUUCAGGUAACUUCGAAGUUGGGGUCCACAUCGCGGACGUGAGUUAUUUCGUCCCGGAAGGCACCACCCUGGAUGACGUCGCGAGCAAGAGAGCCACAAGUGUUUACCUGGUGCAAAAGGUGAUCCCGAUGCUUCCCCAACUGCUGUGUGAGGAACUCUGCAGCCUUAAUCCCAUGACAGACAGGCUGACCUUCUCUGUCGUUUGGAAGCUGUCUCCAGAAGGAAAGAUCCUUGACGAAUGGUUCGGGCGGACCGUGAUCCAAUCCUGCGCGAAGCUCAGCUACGACCACGCUCAGAGCAUGAUUGAGAAUCCGGAAAGGGUCUUUGGGGCAGAGGAGCUGCCCCCCAUCUCCUCCUGCCACACCGUGGCUGAGGUCCACCAAGCCAUCCAGAACCUCCACCGGAUCGCCAAGCAGCUGCGUCAACAGCGCUUCGCGGACGGGGCUCUUCGCUUGGACCAGAUGAAACUCUCGUUUACUUUGGACAAAGAGACCGGGAUGCCACAAGGCUGCUACAGCUAUCAAUACCGGGACAGCAACAAACUGGUGGAAGAAUUUAUGCUGCUGGCCAACAUGGCGGUGGCCCAUCGGAUUUACCGCUCCUUCCCCACCCAAGCCCUCCUGCGCCGGCACCCCCCACCGCAGAGCAAGAUGCUCCACGACCUCAUGGCCUUCUGCAGCCAGAUGGGCCUGGAGAUCGACUGCAGCAGUGCCGGGGCUUUGCAUAAAAGCCUGAAUGAAACCUUUGGGAACGACCAAUACAGCGAUGCCAGGAAGGAGGUGCUAACCAACAUGUUCUCCCGACCCAUGCAGAUGGCCGUCUAUUUCUGCACCGGCGUGCUGAAGGACGAGAACCUCUUCCGCCACUACGCCCUCAACGUGCCUCUCUACACUCACUUUACGUCGCCCAUCCGCCGGUUUCCGGACAUCGUGGUGCACCGGCUACUCUCGGCUUCACUGGGGCUGGGUCCUGCCCCACAGAUGGAGGAGGCUGAGAUGCAGAAGCAAGCAGAGCAUUGCAACGACCGGAAAAUGGCUUCCAAGCGAGUGCAGGAACUCAGCGUCGAUCUCUUCUUCGCCGUGUUUGUCAAGGAAUGUGGACCGCUGGAGUCGGAGGCCAUGGUGAUGGGCGUCCUGAGCGAGGCCUUUGACGUCCUGGUGCUGCGAUUCGGUGUCCAGAAGCGCAUUUAUUGCAACGCUCUGCCGUUGAUGGGAUUCCAGUUUCAAAAAGUGGGGAAAAAGCCACAGUUGUCGCUGGUGUGGGAACCGCAGAAUGCGGAGCAGGAUACCCCGCGGCAGGUCAUCUCCAUAUUCGCCUUGGUGGACGUGGUCUUGAGAGCCGACAACGGGGCCACGAAGUACAGCGCGGUGCUGAAGAGGCCCGGUGGUGGACAAUGACCAGGCCUGGCUUCCGGUCACACAUCCUGCCUGUUUGCCUAAAAAAAACCCCCCACUAAUAUUGGCAGAUAUCCUGAACUGACUCCCUGGGAAAAGAACCGAGACUUUUAAUUUUAAUUUUAAUUUUAAUUUGGGCAGAUGUUGUUUUUUUCGAUACCGGGGUGUUUUUUUUUAAACGAGGGGAGGGCAAAGCCAAGAUGGCGGCCGCAGCCCUUCAAGCCUCAUGGCUCACAUUUUUUUAAAAAAACGGUAGGGCUUCGCUUGCAGACCAUAGCCACCAUUUUGACUUUUUUGACCUGUUAGGUGUGGGUUUCCCUUGAUUUUUACUCAAGCUGGUUGGUAAAUCUCGGCUGCUUCCAGCACGGAGUCAUGAAUACUUUGGAAGUGUGAAUCCACAAUCUUUCCACCUUCUUCGAUGGAUUUGGGGAGGGGGGUUUUGAGGAGAGCACCUCACUUGUUGUAUCUGGCCCACGGGGCGCUUCCACCUUGGUGUAAAUAACCUCUUGCUCAGCCUUUGGAGGCUCAUGUUUCCCAUGUGGGGCUCUCACGUCCGCUGGUUAAACUGGAAGGUUCUCCAUUGCGGUAGGAUAGGAAGUUGCGACGGAGUAGUGUUGCUCUUUUUUUCCAAUUCCACUUCUCCGCCUCUCGCAAAGCUACAACUUAAAUCAGUUUUUUUGUGUGUGUGUUUUAACAAUCUCUUCGUCCGGCCAUAUGAGUUUGGAGAGUCUGUAAGGACGACACCGUCUCCUCUUUGCUCCCCUCCCCCACCCGAAAUUCUAAUAAAGAAAAACUGGAAAAACUACCGUGAAAUAAAUUCCUGGAAUCCCUCUAAAA